UUCAAUGAAGUUUCUUAUAUUUUUGAGCCUUCUAGUGGCCACAAACGCCUUCCUGACAUGGCCCAGGGACCAAAUGGUCAAAUAUCUGCGGGUGGACGAACCCUUCAUCGAAGAUGGCCAGAGGAUGCACCAGAAUCUGGACUACCACGAGGAAAUCCAAAUCUUUUGUACGCGCCCCAGCAAGUUUAGCCUUUGGAACGCCUUCCAGACGAACAGACUGCGUCUUCAGAUGCCGGCUGGCGGGACGUACAGGCAAUACAUGAAGGAUACGGUGCGGAAGAUCUACGAGGCCCACCACCAGGCCACCCAGAGCUCCAAGAGAAGGCCCCUCACCAACUACGACGCGAAGCACCCCUACAUUCCGCUCUACGCCCACGACCACACCUGCUACGGCAUCCAAACGAAGCACCCGUACGCCCUGAUCCUGGAGGAGAUCACCUGCAAUCCGGAUCGGCUGCUCCUGUUCAUCAUUGGUCUGGUGCUCAAGGUGAGCGCCCCCUGCCUGGGCAGCUCGCUGACCUGCCUGUACGGCACCGCGGCGGUCCUAGGAGUCCACGUGGCAGGUAUCUGCGUGAUAGUCGCCUCUCUGUAUGCGGAUAGCGACCCAGAGAUCCGGGAUGACUGGUCUCUGAGGGCGAACUUCAAGUACGCGCUGGAGGGGAGCCCUGUGCUGGUGGCCCUGGCGCUGGUGGGCGGGGCGUGGUUGUUCCUGCACGGUUGCACGCGGCUCGCGUGGAUCUGGAGGUACGAACGCUGCCACAAGUUGCACCAGCGACUGCUGGAGACUCUGGGCUACUGGCUUAUCCUGUGUUCCUCCGAUCACAGCGGAUUCGGAUGGACCUGUGUGUGCCUGAUAUGCCUCCUUCCGAAGCUCUGGUGGCUCUUGCCGCGACUGAGGGCUUGUUUCGAGCUCUUGCGCCGCCGCGCCCUGCCCCCCAACAUGCGGCAGUUCCUCAGCGAGGAGCAGUACCGGGCCCAGGCCGCGUUCGAGACGCAGCGGGCCCUCGCCGGAAUGCGGGAGCGUCUGCACCGGGAGUCGCCCACGCGGCAGCAGGUGUCGCAGCUCCACCAGCCGCAGAGGUUCGCCAACUUCCUCGGUGGGGGAAGUCACCUGGCGAUGCUUCCUAAUCGCCAGGGGGCGAGCCGCUGCGAGUGCUGCUCGAUUAGGAACCUCGUGAUGAACUCCUCCGUGUGGAGGGUAGUGCCAUUUCGGCCGUCACGGAGACUGAGGACCAUUUAUAGUAAUCCUGAAUAUCGAGAGUCUGAGCAGCAAGACUACUUCAUGUAGGAUUUCAAGACC